CUUCUCUGUCCUGGGCUGAAGUGUGUUCGGGUGGGGGGGGGUCUAGAGCGUUGCCGGGCCCAGGCGGAGCCGCUCUCCCUUCUGUGGCCUCUGUUCUGCGCCAGGAGGACAGCCUGGAGGAAGAGGGAAUGGCUCCUGCCCUGACAGCCAGGUCCGGGAAGGAAUCAGUGACAUUCAAAGAUGUGGCUGUGGAAUUCACCCAGGAAGAGUGGGUACAAUUGAACCCAUCUCAGAAAAAAUUGUACAGGGAUGUGAUGCUGGAGAACUAUAGGAACUUGGUGUCUUUGGGAUUUGCAGCUUCCAGACCAAAUGACAGUGACCAGUUGGAAAGAAAGGAAGUGUCUUCCCUGCCAGAGGCAGAUAUUCCAAGAAGCAGCUGUCCAGAGAGCAGAGAAUUUACUGGAAAUAAACCUCUUCAAUGUAAUGGAUAUGGGAAUGCCUUCUGGAGCAAGGAGCAUCUUGCUGUGUGUCAGACAAUUCAUACUGGAGAAAAACCUUACGAAUGUAGUAAAUGUGGGAAAGGCUUCAGGAGUAAGUCUGAGCUUACUGUGCAUCAGAGAAUUCAUACUGGGGAGAAGCUUUAUGACUGUAAGGAGUGUGGGAAGGCUUUCCCCUAUAACUCAUUUCUUACUCAAAAUCAAAAAUUUCAUACUAGAGAGAAAACGAAACCUUUUGAAUGUAGUGAAUGUGGAAAGGCCUUCAGGAUUAAGAAACAACUUAUAGUGCACCAGAGAGUUCACACUGGAGAGAAACCUUAUGAAUGUAGUGGGUGUGGGAAGGCCUUCAGCAUCAAGACACAACUGAUAGUGUACCAGAGAGUUCACACUGGAGAGCAGCCUUAUGAAUGUAGUGAGUGUGGGAAAGCCUCCAACAGUAAGGCAGAGCUUACUGCGCAUCAGAGAGUUCACACUGGAGAGAAACCGUAUGAAUGCAGUGAGUGUGGAAAGACCUUUAGAAUUAAGACACAACUUACAGUGCAUCAGAGAGUUCACACUGGAGAGAAACCUUAUGAAUGUAGUGAAUGUGGAAAGGCCUUCAGGAUUAAGACACAGCUCACACUGCAUCAGAGAGUUCACACUGGAGAGAAACCCCAUGAAUGUAGGGAAUGUGGAAGGGCUUUCAGGAGUAAGGAGCGUCUUAUAGUGCAUCAGAGAAUUCAUACUGGAGAGAAACCUUAUGAAUGUGGUGAAUGUAAAAAGACCUUUAGGAGUAAGGAAAGACUUAAAGUACAUCAGAGAGUUCAUACUGCAGAGAUGCUUUAUGAAUGUAAGCAGUGUGGGAAGACUUUCACAUUCAACUCACAGCUUAUUCAACAUCAAAAAAUUCAUACUGGAGAAAAACCUUAUAGAUGUAGGGAAUGUGGAAAGGCCUUCAUAAGAAAGGCACAUCUUAAUGUGCAUGAGCAAAUUCAUAUUGGUAAGUUUCUUUUUGAAUGUAAGGAGUGUGGGAAGGGUUUCCCAUACAACUCAAGUCUUAUUCGACAUCAAAUAAUUCAUACUGGAGAGAAACCUUAUGAAUGCACUGUUUGUGGGAAGGCCUUCAGGACAACAGCAAGUCAUACUGAGCAUCAGAGAAUUCAUACUGGAGAGAAACCUUAUCAAUGUAGUGCAUGUGGGAAGGCCUUCAGGACGAAAGCAGGUCAUACUGAGCAUGAGAGAAUUCAUACUGGAGAUCAACCUUGCAAAUGUAACGAAUGUGGGAAGACCUUCACGCGUAACUCAAAACUUAAACUGCAUGAGAGAAUUCAUACUGCAGAGAAACCUCAUGCAUGUGGUGAAUGUGGAAAGGCCUUUAAGAGUAAAACACAAUUUACUGUGCAUCAGAAAAUUCAUAUUGGAGACAUUCUUUUUGAAUGUAAGGAGUGUGGGAAGGCUUUCCUGUAUAAGUCAGAACUUAUUCGACAUCAAAGAGUUCAUACUGGAGAGAAACCUUAUGAAUGUGGUCAAUGUCAGAAGGCUUUCCAGACAAUGGCAUCUCUUACUGUGCAUCAGAAAAUUCAUUUUGGAGACAUUGUUUAUGAAUGUAAAGAAUGUGGGAAGGCUUUCCUCUACAGCUCAGAUCUUACUCGACAUAAAAAAAUUCAUACUAGAGAGAAACGUUAUGAAUGUAGUGAAUGUGGGGCCUUCAGGAUUAAGUCAGAGCUUACUGUGCAUCAGAGAAUUCAUACUGGAGAGAACCUUUAUGAUUGUAAGGAGUGUGGGAAGGCUUUCCUUACAACUCUCAGCUUAUUCGACAUCAAAAAAUUCAUACUCGAGAAAAACCUUAUGAAUGUAGGGAAUGUGGAAAGGCCUUCACAAGAAAGGCACAUCUUAAUGUGCAUCAGCGAAUUCAUAUUGGUAAUUUCCUUUUUGAAUGUAAGGAGUGUGGAAAGGCUUUCCCACAGAACUCAAAUCUUAUUCGACAUCAAAUAAUUCAUAAUGGAGAGAAACCUUAUCAAUGCAGUCUUUGUGGGAAGGCCUUCAGGACAAAAGCACAUCAUACUGACCAUCAGAGAAUUCAUACUGGAGAGAAACCUUAUCGAUGUAGUGAAUGUGGAAAGGCCUUUGGGACAAAAGCAGGUCAUACUGGGCAUCAGAGAAUUCAUACUGGAUAUCAACCUUGCAAAUGUAGUGAAUGUGGGAAGACCUUCAUGCGUAACUCGAAACUUACAGUGCAUGAGAGAAUUCAUACUGGAGAGAAACCCUAUGCAUGUAGUGAAUGUGGAAAGGCCUUUAAGAGUAAA